CCUUUCUUUGUGAUAAUGUCGGCUGAACAUGAUCAUAGACUCAGAGACAAUGGCCCCGAGGGCAUGGAGCCGGAUGGUGUCAUUGAGGGCAACUGGAAGGAGAUUGUUGACAGUUUCGAUGACAUGAACCUGCGUGAGAAUCUUCUUAGGGGAAUCUAUGCCUAUGGUUUUGAGAAACCUUCCGCCAUCCAGCAGAGGGCUAUUCUCCCUUGUAUCAAGGGGUAUGAUGUCAUUGCUCAGGCUCAGUCUGGCACAGGGAAGACGGCUACGUUUGCCAUCUCCAUCCUGCAGCAGAUUGACGUUGAGCUGAAGGGAACCCAGGCUAUGGUCCUGGCCCCCACCAGAGAGCUUGCCCAACAGAUCCAGAAGGUGGUCCUUGCUCUUGGAGACUACAUGGGUGCUACCUGCCAUGCCUGCAUCGGUGGCACUAAUGUCCGUAAUGAGGUGCAGAAGCUGCAGGCUGAUGUGCCUCACAUAGUGGUUGGAACUCCAGGUCGUGUCUUUGACAUGCUCAACCGUCGCUAUCUCUCUCCCAAGUACAUCAAGAUGUUUGCACUGGAUGAGGCUGAUGAGAUGUUGAGCAGAGGCUUCAAGGACCAAAUCUAUGAGAUUUUCCAGAAGCUGUCUACUGACAUUCAGGUCAUUUUGUUGUCGGCCACCAUGCCCCAAGAGGUGCUGGAAGUUACCACCAAGUUCAUGCGUGAGCCAGUGAGAAUCCUGGUCAAGAAAGAAGAGCUGACCCUGGAGGGUAUUCGUCAGUUCUACAUUAAUGUGGAGAGAGAGGAAUGGAAGCUGGACACUCUGUGUGACUUGUAUGAGACUUUGACCAUCACUCAAGCCGUUAUCUUCAUUAACACUCGCCGUAAGGUGGACUGGCUGACUGAGAAGAUGCAUGCCAGAGACUUCACUGUCUCUGCUUUGCAUGGAGAUAUGGAUCAGAAGGAAAGAGAUUUGAUUAUGAAAGAGUUUCGCUCUGGCUCCAGUCGUGUCCUCAUCACCACUGACCUGCUGGCUCGUGGCAUUGAUGUGCAGCAGGUUUCUCUGGUUAUCAACUAUGAUCUGCCCACAAACAGAGAGAAUUACAUCCACAGGAUUGGACGAGGUGGCCGUUUCGGAAGGAAAGGUGUUGCUAUCAACAUGGUGACUGAAGAUGACAAGCGUACACUUCGGGACAUCGAGACUUUCUACAAUACCACCGUGGAAGAGAUGCCCAUGAAUGUGGCUGACUUGAUCUAAAAAGCAUUUGUCCACUCCUUCCUCUCCUCACUUCUCAUUCCUUUAGUUCCUAUGUUUCUGGACUCAUACAUGCUCGAUUGUUUUUCCCCCUGUAAAUCCAUCAUCUCCCAGAUAAUUUACACUGUUCAUGGCAAGACAUUAUAAAAUCUGCAUUAUGGGAUUUCUCGCAUGUUCUUUUUAGGAUUUGAGAUUAAAUUUUGGAGUGAGUUUUGCAGUGAACAAGCUGUUCCAUCCACAUACAUUUUACUGUAUUGUAUAUUUGUAUUUAAUAACUAAAGAGCUGAGCACCAAAUGGUUGAAGUCGACCUGUUUAUUUGACUUUUUUCCAUUUUGCCAUAAAUUGUGGCUGCUCUAUGUAAGAAGAAAAGCAGGAUUGUGGAAUUUUGCUAAAUUUGAUUUGGGUAUAUAUCAGUGUAGCAUACCCAGUAUUAGGAGUGACUUGUGCUUGGAGAAAAAGAACAGCACCUGUCCCCUUGUUAGAAACUGCUAAUAAAAUAAAUGUAACAUAAAACACAAACAAUUUUUCACCUUUUUGUUGACUUGUAUAGUGCCAUUUUACAGUAGCUUUUUUUUUUUUUUUUCUAAAUGCAUUUCACUUCACUGGUGCCACAAGUCGCUAGGUGUAAGACGGGAGGUUACACCCUGUGUAGCUUAUUGUAUAGAAUCAGUGUAAGUCCUUCUGUAUUGAGGAGAGUUGCUCCAGUAACCUACCUCACCAAACUAUAUUGGAGGGGUCUUAAAGGACCAAACUACAAAUGAUUAUGUAGAGAUUCUAACGUUACUUUUUCUGUCUUGUGGAGUGGGUUUGGAAGUUUGGCUGUGCAGUUUACAUUGCUCAGUGCUGUUUUUUAAAUGAAUUUAUUAAAAAAUGUGAUAACCUUUUUCAGACAGAAGCCGUGUAUUGAACUUUUUCUACAUUGGAUUCUGUAUAGUAUUUAUUUUAAUUUUCUCAAAUAAAAGUAUUUCUUUUUAA